AACCCAGACAAGUGUGACAUAUGGGGAAAUACGCCACUCCACUUGGCAGCUGCCAAUGGUCACCUCGACUGCCUUUUCUUCCUGGUGUCUUUCGGUGCCAACAUAUGGUGCCUGGACAAUGAUUACCACACACCCCUGGACAUGGCUGCCACAAAGAGCCACAUGGACUGUGUUCGCUACCUGGAUUCCAUUGCUGCCAAACAGACAAGCCUUAAUCCCAAACUGGUCGGUAAACUGAAAGACCGGGCAUUUCGUGAAGCUGAGCGACGGAUCAAGGAGUGUGUAAAGAUGCAGAGGAAGCACCGAAAGCACAUGGAGCGAAAGUAUCAUAAAGAAGCUUCUGAGGCUUCUGCUUCAGAUGUCAUGAGCUUUUCCAGUUACACUGGUAGCUCUGUUAGCCACAAGCUACGCAACUUCAGCACAGCUACAGUCAGUGUGCCAUAUUCUCAGGCAACUCUCCAUGCCACAAACCGAGGGAAGACAAAGAUUCAAAAGAAACUAGAGAAGAGGAAGCAAGGAGAAGGGACUUUUAAAAUCUACGAAGAUGGAAGAAAGAGUGUACGCUCGCUCUCUGGACUUCAAUUGGGUAAUGAUGUCAUGUUUGUCAAACAGGGGACCUACAUCAACCCAAAAGACAGAGGGCGACGGAAUGUCCGAGAUAUGUUCCCUAGAGAUAACGAUGAUGCCAUUUCUCGUGCCAUCAGUGAGCCAGAUCUUCAUGGACCAGAUGUGGACCACUCUGAGAUCAGUACAGACUCUGGACAUGAUUCCCUAUUCAAUAGACCAGGUCUCGGCACCAUGGUCUUUAGAAGGAAUUACGUAAGUGGAGGAAUGUUCAACCUCAGUGCUCAAGACACAGCAAGUUCAGUUAGCAAUGUCCGUUUACGCAGUCGAUUGCAGCACUACCCAAGUAUAGACGAAGACAGCAUUGGAAGUGCACGCAGCCUGCAGGAAAGAAACAUGGAAGAGUUGCCGUGGGAAGAAGUGGAAUUAGGGCUAGAUGAUGACGAUGAGCCUGACAGAAGCCCUCUUGAGGUCUUCCUUGCCACACUAAGCAUGAGCGAGUUUUACUCCAUCUUCAAAAGAGAGAAGAUUGACUUAGAAGCUCUCCUGCUUUGUUCUGAUCACGACCUUAAGAGCAUUCAUAUCCCCUUAGGGCCAAGAAAAAAGAUCUUGGAAGCCUGUCAGAGACGACUGGAGACCAUAGAGGACCCAGACUCCAUUGAAGACACAGAAUUGUAACGAAAGCUGUGGAUGUUAACUCUGCUCCAAUGUGGGACAUCAUGGAGGAAAUGUUUAGCAAUAAGUAGGAGGGACUCUACAGUUUUUACCGGUGAAAAAGCAGACGCAUUACUGUCAUGGUGAAUAUAUCAAGCGAAAGGAAACUGGUGAGAUGAAUUCCUAACAUCAUUCUUUGUUGUUGUUAAAAGAUUACCGUACAUAAAUUAUUUCUCCUCGUUGGAUAGUCAAAUGGAGCUGUCUUCACGGGGUAGUUUCACAAACUAAAAGACAG